GAGUGUGAAGUCCUAGUGGAAGGUUCCAGCCGAGGGUUGGAGGAGUCAUGGGGGUUGCCGCAGCGUGGUUGUUGGUGGUGGUAGCCCUGGUGGCCUCCCUCGGCUGCUCCAGGGCUCAAGUGGGGCUGCGUACCGCGCCCCUCACGGCACCCAGGGCACGUGAGGCUCCUGGCCCUGACAGCGGAGGCUUGGGCCUCUUCUCCAAGUGGUCCAGUCUCGAUUCGCACAAGAACCGCACCAGCAGCAUCGAGAACUCCUUGGCGGCCAUCUUCAGAGGAGUGGCAUAUGGCCUGUCUACCAUUCCCACCUCCACUAUCACCACCUCCACUACUACCACCCCGGCCCCCUCCCUACACGCUACUGCCAGCCCUGCAGGUCAGGGGCAUCGACCCCAGGUACCUGACUCACCCGGGUGGUCAGACCUGGAAGGGCUCCUGUUCCAAACGACAUUUGAUGAACUUCCGCCUGAAGAUUUUGACAAUUUGUAUCCGGACUCUAAAAAUGAGGUGGAAGUGGUGCGGGCGGGCGCGGGCGUGGAGCUGAGCAAGGCGGCGUGGGUGCGUGCCCUGGGCAUGGCGUGGGUGGUGCACGUGUACUGCGCUGCGGGGAUGUACAGCUUGCUGGCGGUGCUGGCACUGCUGUGGCUGUCACGGGUGCACUCGGCCACACGUCUCCUCCCUCGCGGUUAUUACGUCACUUUUCACCUGCUCAUGUUCCUGGCCGCCAUCCUCCGCUGCGUCCACCUGUUCCACGACCCAUAUGGCGCCGAGCACAAGCUGCCGGAGGCACUGGCCGCUGUGGUGGAGGAGGUAGGGUGGCCGUGCCUCACCGCAGCCAUGGCACUAGUGGUGAUGGGCGUCGUGCAGGCGUGGCGCUGCCCCCCACACCUCCCCCACCAGCAUCACGCCCCCGCCGCCCUUGCCGUCAUCACAGUCUUCCAUCUUAUGGUAUCCAUCUGCGCCCACCUCUUCUCAGUUUUGUUUCCAGAACACGCUGGUCCGCUACGGGCUGCGGCACGGACGGCGACAGCAGCAUGGGGCGGCGUGAUCGGCGUAGGAAGCUUCCUGGCGGUGUGUCGCGUGGCACAGGCUGCCAGGCACCGCCAUGGGCACCUUACGGUGAUGCUGAGCCGUGACGCUGUCGAGGGGACAACGCAACAUCCCCGUGUUGCUCUUCUCCAGGGUGUGAACCUUGCCUUAAUAGCGGCUUUUGCACAGGUGAUCCUGGCGGCCCUACACCUGUACGGCCUGCUGGGACCCCACUAUAUCUUACAGCUGCCUCCCGCACACCCCUGGCACUGGCUAGCCUUCCAGAGCACCUGCUGCCUCCUGGAGCUGCUUGCCUGGGUGCUCCUCGCUCUCAUCUCUCUGCUGUCAGUAGGAGGCUCCCCGGUGAAGCGCGAGACGCGCAAAGAGGCAAACCUGUUGUCUGCAUUGUGGUGCGGCCGGUGCGUGAGCCAGGACCCCAGUGACCGCGAGGUGUGUCAGGGUGCGUGUCAGGAUAGCCAGGCUGCGAGGAGCUACACCCUGCAGCCCAGUACCAACACCGGCCCCCAGCAGGUGCUCACACAGUCAUACCCUGCGCGACACGGCGCUCACUCCCUCCGCAACCCGCCAACAUUUCGUCCCGCAGCUUCUGAUGUUCAUCUUUUGUGGAGCCACAGUCGCACCCAAGAUGCUUUCUCCUCCAACUGCUCCUCUAGACCUUCUUCCAUAGUGUUCUGCGACUCUGGCCCCGGUAGGUUCAAAAGGCCUCAGGAACCUCAAGGUGAAAUGACUGAAUCUUCCCAUAAGUCUCUCCAGAAUAGGGAAACUAAUUUAGGCAGGAAUUGUAGUGCGCCACACAAGGCAGCGCAGGAGGACGAGCCCACAGCCUACGACCAGCACCUAUACUACAGUGUGGCCAAGAUUCCCAAGACCUCGCCUGUCAAAGCCACCGCUUCUCCAACGUUCGGAAGCCCUUUGCACGACACCCGUUUCCAGCACCAUAUGCAACAUCACGUUGGGGGCGAGGUGGAGAGCGCGGCGAGCGAUGACGGCCAGUCAAGGAGCGAGGUAGUGAGCGUGACGGACUGCAGCUCCACGGACGCGCUCUCGCCAGCAGUGGUGGGCGACAACGACUGGUCCAAGUACACCAGCACCUGCUCCUCCGUCAGCGCCGCCAAUAGCUUCGACGUCCGCAUGUGCGAUGAUUCUGACGUACCAUAUUACCAGAUCCCCUACACGGCCUCCCCGCAGCCUCAUGCCCCCUGGCACCAACACUCGCCCCCAGCUCACCUGCCCCUGCACGGAGACGCCACGCCACCCGCUGUACACGCACCUUUUGCACGGCAAGCUGACCAGACCAAGUCUCUGCAGGCAUCCCGCACGUCUUCCCCUGCUUCCAGCCAUCAUACCGAGUACCCUGUACGACCACACGACCAUACACGACCCCUACAUGACCUGCACGCGCGUGGGCCUUACCCUGAGCUUGUGGCCCCCGGCAGCCCAUCUCACUCUCAACAGCGUUGUCAGGGGAAUAUGAGAAGGGAGUUAACGGGGCUACAGAGGCCUCCUCAGCUCCAGAGACGCGUCAACAUCAGAAGCGCUCAAGAAGAUUCUGCAGUUCAACUGCAGAACUCCAAGAACGCUGACGAGACAACGAAUACCAUCGAGAGACUCUGUGAGGUGUCAAAGGCUGCCCUUAUGUCCCAUACCAACUCUAGAGUCUCCUCAAAAGUAGUUAGGACAGACUCGUCGCAGAGCAGCAGCGGCCACAACACCCUCGAUAGUCAAGAUGUCUGUGAAGUGGCGGAGAAAUGCCACCGAGCCCCGCUGACCCACCACCGUCGUCGCAGGGGCGAGAGAGUUCGUCCAUGUGGUCAUCGUCCACGCACCAGGCAGGAGGCUGCAGGUGUGCGCCCUACAUCUCCAGCCGUCCAGAACCAAGACAUCCCCCAGGGAGAGGUAUCCCACCCCUCGCACCACACUCAGGAGGUGGCGGCCUCUGAGACUGAAGGAACUACUCAGGCAGACGUCAACACAGCGAUAUCGCUUUCACCCUCCUCAUCACGCGCAGGUUCAUCCUUGGGUUCACAUUCAGACCUCCCUUCAGAAGGCGCCGACUCUGAGAACGAAGGCUCUCUUCAGAGUCGCGAGCGUCCUCAUGAUGCCAAGCGCGAAGUAGUACGCCCUCCUGAGGUGCCUCCGAGGAGGCAUGAACUCCCAAAACCCAUCAACAGGCAAGGUCAUGACCCCUGACACGUGUAAUGAGUGUGUCAGGUGCAACACACCUGUGCCCAGAAUGCAGGAAUAAACAGCUCACGUCUUUUGUGAUAAUUUACUUUUUUAAUCUCCCCGCUUCACCUUGCUUCCUUCUGGUCAUGUAUACACGCCAGAAGUCAAUGUAAUGGAGUGUUACCGCUGUGCAGCAAAUUAUUCACGGUGCUAACGUGAGUGUCUCCAAAGUGAAUCAAAAGUAUAGACUUGGAUAAUCAAACACACACACGCCGUAGUAGCGUGUCCACCAGCAAUAUCAUAACAAUGGAAAUGAACACUACUACACUAGACCUCCAAGGCAAGGAUACUCUAAUGUCAUCGAUGUUUAAAUAUCUGAAGAAAAUAAUAUUUCAAUAAUCUAGUGUAAAUGAUAUUUAAAAAAAUAACAAAUGCA